AGUGUGAUCAGUUGCGUGUUGGCGUUCCUGUCCAACGGGUGUGCCUUCCUUAUUCGCUCGCGUUCGCGAACCGUUUGUGAAAAGCUGUGUCCUUGCCACAAAAAAGCAGGAUAUUUGGGAUUGGAUUGUGUUGUGAAACUGUUUGUGCCUAAAUACCGUUACAUAUAUACAUCAAAAUAUAAUUACUGUUACUCACAUGCAUACGCUUAAGGAUAUAAGUGCUAAUCAGCUAUAAUGUUAUCCUUUUGAAGAAGUGUGGUUAAAUAUUGGAUUUUUUGGUUUAUUUGAAAAUAAAAACACAUAUUUUGUAUGAAAAUAAAAAACCUCAAUUAAGUUACAAGCGUGGAAAAACGUUUAGGAGACUCAGCACUUUAAAAAAGAGCCGACAAAAUGGAUUUGUCGAGGCGGUUGCGUUCAACGGCCUUGAUAUUAUUCAUCGUACUCUACUGUGUUCAAUCAUCAUACUCCAGAUUCUAUGGAACGCGACAUAAAAGACAAUAUGGCGCUAAUAUGUACCUACCAGCGAGUUAUAUAGUGUCGGGCGGUGAGGGUGACGAUCCCGCCGAAUGGACUGACUGGAGUUCACCAUCAGAGUGUUCACGCACAUGCGGAGGCGGUGUGUCAUUUCAAACGCGCGAAUGCCGAAGAAUAGCACGCAACGGUGCACCGAUCUGCACGGGUGGCAAUCGCAAGUACUUCUCCUGCAACACACAAGAUUGCCCCGAAGAUGAGCCCGACUUUAGGUCACAGCAGUGUGCGCGCUUCAAUCGCGUACCUUUCGACGGCGUCACCUAUGACUGGGUGCCAUACACAAAUGCGCCCAAUCCGUGCGAGUUGAAUUGUAUGCCGGUGGGUGAACGGUUCUACUAUCGUCAGAAGGCGAAAGUCAUCGAUGGCACCAGGUGUAAUGACCGCGAUCUUGAUGUGUGUGUGGACGGUGUGUGCCAGCCGGUCGGUUGCGAUAUGAUGCUCGGCUCCGAUGCCAAGGAGGAUAAGUGCCGCAAAUGUGGUGGAGAUGGCAGCACGUGCCGCACUAUUUCGGACACCUUUACUGCCAAUAACUAUCCAGUCGGUUACAAUGAUAUCAUACUCAUUCCCAGUGGUGCCACGAAUAUACGUGUACAGGAGACGGCGCCCUCCAGCAAUUACUUAGCCUGCCGCAACGGAACUGGUCACUAUUAUUUGAACGGCAAUUUCCGCAUCGAUUUCCCACGUCCUAUGUUUUAUGCGGGUUGUUGGUGGAUCUACCAAAGAAAACCAGCUGGCUUUGCCGCACCCGAUCAGUUGACUUGCAGUGGACCCACAACGGAGGCCAUCACCAUUAUGAUGUUGGUGCAGGACAAAAAUUUGAGUCUAACUUAUGAGUACAGCAUACCGGAAUCGUUAAGUAAGUCAACACCGGUAGAGUACUCAUGGACACAUACGGAAUUUGAGCCGUGUAGCGCGCCAUGUGGUGGUGGUACCCAAACGCGUAACGUAAUCUGCACAAAUCGCAUGACUCUCGAAGAAGUCGAUCCCAAUUUGUGUGAUGCCAACGCUAAGCUACCCGAAGAGCAGACAUGUAAUGAAGAACCGUGUGCGCCCAGUUGGAUCGAGGGUGAGUGGGGUAAAUGUUCGAAAGGCUGCGGAGCUGAUGGCGUGCAAAAUAGAACUGUCACCUGUGAGCGCAUUUCGCCGAAUGGAACACAUACCAACGAGGAAGACGCUGUGUGUUUGGAGAAUGUUGGCAAUAAGCCAGCCACACAGCAAGAGUGUAAUCGAGAUGUGAAAAAUUGCCCGAAAUAUCACUUGGGUCCUUGGGCUCCAUGCGACAAAUUAUGUGGAGAAGGCAAACAGAAACGAAAGGUGACGUGUUAUAUUGAGGAGAAUGGACGUAAGCGUGUACUUCCUGAAGAAGAAUGCGUAGAGGAGAAGCCUUCAACGGAAAAAGAGUGUAUGUUGACUCCUUGUGAGGGUGUGGAUUGGAUUAUAUCCGAAUGGAGUGGGUGUGAUGAAUGUGGACAAAAGACCGAAACACGCACCGCUAUUUGUGCUUCGAAAUCUGGUAAGAUAUAUCCAGAAGAAUUCUGUGCACCCGAAGUACCAGCACUUUCACGCCCAUGCACAUCGUCUAAGUGUGCACCGAAAUGGUUCACCUCGGAGUGGAGUAAAUGCUCUGCGGCAUGUGGGAAGGGUGUUCAAUCCCGCAUAGUGAUGUGCGGAGAAUUCGAUGGUAAAAGUAUUAAGCCAGCCGAAGAGUCGAAAUGUGAUGCUUCUGCGAAACCGGAGUCGGAGCAAGAAUGUGAAGGAGAAGAAAAAGAAUGUCCUGGUCAAUGGUUUACUGGACCUUGGGCGCCUUGUAGUAAGCCAUGUGGUGGUGGAGAACGUACAAGAGAAGUUUUCUGUUUAUCUAAUGGCACGAAGUCGCUCAACUGUGAUGAAUCGAAAAUUGAGUCUCUUUCUGAAAAAUGCAAUACACAAGCGUGCACGAAGGAUGAACUUAUUCCAGUUGAUAGCGCUAAAUCACCGAUUACUGAAGACGCAGAAGAAGAUGAUUGUGAAGAAGAUGAAGAGGAUGAGCUCGUUUCUAAGGAGGAUCUGAAAUUAGCAGAGGGCAUUGAAUUGGACAAAGAAACAGUUGCACCAUUAUCCCUUUUGACUGAUGAACUAAUGUUCAGUGAUUCGCCAUAUACCGAGGAAACAAGCGAUAUUGCUUCAACAGACAUUCCAUUUACUACAGUAGAGGGUUCCGGUGAGAAAACGGAUAUUAUAGAGGAUACUACGCUUGUUAGCGAGGGCAGUGGAGAUGAAUUUAUUAGUACGGUUGGAGUCUCAGAUAUUACUGAAUCUGUCGACACCACCGAAUCUGAAACCGAAUCUUCUCUUUCCACUGAGUCGUCCAUCUCCACUGAAUCUACAAAACCUUCAGAUGCAACGGAUACAACUGCGGGAACAUCAGUCGACACCACUGGGUCUUCUUCAUCUUCCGAAAUCUCUGUAUCUACUGAAUCUACGAAAUCCUCAGAGACAACUGAGGGAGCAACGGUCGACAUCACUGCGUCUACUUCAUUUUCCGAAACAACAGAUGUGUCUAAAUCGACGAAAUCCGCAGAGACAACUGUGGGAGCAUCCUCUUCGUCUUCCGGAACCACAUCUGUAUCUGAAUCAUCCGUAUCUACUGAAUCAUCAGUUUCACCUUCAACUUCUGAAUCAGCAUCCACCGAUGCUUCACUGUCUACAGAGACAACUGAAACUGGUUCUACGGAUAGUUCUGAAACGACUGAAGAGUCUGACUCUACUGAAUCCUCAGCAUCACCUGAGUCAACCCAAUCAACAGCUUCGGAAGCCACUGAUCAAACUACUUCAAGUGGAUCUACAGAUGUUACAGGAUCUUCUGCGUCAAGUGAUUCCACUGUUUCUGCGGAAACAACUGAGACUUCUGGUUCUACUGAGUCGACAUCUGGUACUUCAGACAAAUCUUCAAUUUCAACGAGUGAUGCCACAGAAUCUUCAUUAUCUACAGAAUCUUACACAACGGACUCAACCGAAUCAACAGAAUCUACUGAUUCCACAUCUACUGAUACAACCGAAUCAACAGUUUCAUCGUCCACUGAGUCAACUGAAUCAACCUCUGAAAUUUCUACUGAAUCCUCAUUAUCUACCGAGUCUUACACGACAGAUUCUACACAAUCAACAGCGUCUUCAAGUGACUCUUCAAAAUCGACUGUUUCAGUUGAUAUUACUACUGGAUCCCCAUUAUCGACAGAAUCAACUGGAAGCUCUUCCGAUUCCACUAGUACUACUGGUGUUGUUUCUAGUGAUUCCACGGUUACUGGAGCCAGUGUCUCAACUGAGACCUCAGUGUCUGCUGAAACUUCAACAGGUUCUUCACUCACUACAGACUCAACGAGAGGUUCAUCGGAUAGCACCGAUACUACUGAAAUAGAUAAAACGGAUUCCACCGUAACAGCUUCAGAAGUUACAACUGAAUCCUCUGAAACUUCUAUUAGCUCCGAAGAUACCACAUCAUCAGAUUCUUCGGAUACAACAGAAAUAUCAGACACAACUACUGAUUCGGGCAUAUCGGAGACUACAGCUGACAGCAGUGUCUCCACGAGCGCUGAUGAUUCCUCCUCUACUGCUGACAGCAGCGUCUCAACAGGCAGUACCGAAAAGGGAAGUACUGAAAGUGAAACUACCGAUAUUUCGGGAUCUACAGAUAUUUCAGAAUCAACGGUAUCAGGUUCGACAGAAGAGAGCACCACUGGUGGAUCAACCGAAUCCACCACUGAAGGUGUAUCAGUGGAGUCAACUUCAGACAUUAGUACUACUGCAGGAUCCACUUCAAGUACAGAAGCGGGUAAAAGCACGGAAUCCUCUUCUACUCUUGGGGUAUCAGAGACAACCGAAAGUGUAUCAACGCAAAGUGCAGAAACCACAGAAAGUGGACCAGCUGAAAGCACUGAGACAACAGAAAGUGGAGCUACUGAUUCCACCUUUGAGAGCUCUACGGUUGACAUUUGGUCUACGACAGAAGAAGAUGAAGAGAGCACACCUAAUACAUUCGAAGCACUUGUCACAAAAGCUCCCAAGCAGAAGAAAUGCAAAGCCAAGAAGGAUUGUAAAAAAGCAACUUAUGGAUGCUGCCCUGAUAAAAAGACGCCUGCCAAGGGACCAUUUGAUGAGGGUUGCGCGAUUGUUAAAACGUGCGCGGAGACUAAAUUUGGCUGCUGUUCAGACGGUGUCUCACCUGCUGAAGGUGAACACAACGAGGGCUGUCCUCAAUCACAGUGUGCAGAAACGCUAUUUGGAUGUUGUCCUGACAAUUUCACACCUGCAGAGGGAGAGGAUUCUGAAGGAUGUCCUGAAACUACAACGGCACCACCAACGACUACCGUUGAAUUGGUUACAGAAGGAUCAGGAGAAACAACCGACACACCAGAGAGCACAAUAUCGACAGAAAGCACUGAAACACCGGAAACCACUGAAACACCAGAAAGUACCGAAACACCAGAAUGCACAGAAACUCCUGAAAGCACGGAAACUCCGGAAAGCACAACUGAAAGUAAUGUGGUUAAAUCGUGUGCCUUCGGUGAAUUUGGUUGCUGUCCUGAUGGCACUACCGAAGCUAAAGGUAAAAACUUUGAGGGAUGCGAAUCAGCAGCACCAGAUGCUGUCAGAUUAUGUGGAGAGUCAGAAUAUGGCUGUUGCCCUGAUGGUAUCAUUUUUGCCACUGGCCCUGAUUACGGCGGCUGUGCGCCUUGCACACGCGAACCAUACGGUUGCUGCCCCGACAACCAGACACCUGCACAUGGACCACUUGGUGAAGGUUGCUGUCUCAAUACGGACUACGGUUGUUGUCCAGAUAAUAUUAACGCCGCACGCGGACCUAACUUUGAGGACUGCGAUUGCAAGUAUACACCAUAUGGUUGUUGUGAUGAUCAAACAACAGCGGCACGUGGACCAAAUAAAGAAGGUUGUGCUUGCGAAAAUUCAACAUAUGGUUGUUGCCCAGAUAAGCUUACACCGGCUAAUGGACCUAAAUUUGAGGGAUGCGCUUGCCACACACUACAAUUCGGUUGUUGUCCCGAUGGUAUUACAAUUGCACAAGGACCACAUCACUACGGCUGCGCCUGUGUACAAACUGAGUUCAAAUGCUGUCCCGAUGGAGUUACACCAGCCAAGGGGCCAGACGGUGAGGGUUGUACUUGCCUGGAGAGCAAAUAUGGCUGUUGCCCAGAUGGUGUCACAGCGGCGGAAGAUGACAAAUUCAAAGGUUGCGCCUCAGUUCAAGAACCACCACAAAAGGCAUGCGGUCUAUCGAAGGCAACCGGUCCAUGCGGUAACUUCAGCAUUAAAUACUUCUUCGACACAUCGUAUGGCGCAUGCGCACGCUUCUGGUAUGGCGGUUGUGAGGGUAACGAUAACAGAUUCGAAACCGAAGCGGACUGUAAGUCUACGUGUCAAGAGUAUGUCGGCAAAGAAGCUUGCUUCUUGCCAAAGAGUUCCGGACCCUGCACUGGCUACAAUAAGAAAUGGUAUUUCGACACCGAGCGCAAUCGUUGUGAAGAAUUCAACUAUGGUGGCUGUUAUGGCACCUCAAAUCGAUUCGACAGUUUGGCCGAAUGUCAAGCACUCUGCGCCAUUGAUGAGACGACGCCGCCUUGCGAACAACCCGUGGAGGCUGGACCCUGUGAGGGCAACUUUGAACGCUGGUUCUACGACAAUCAGACGGACGUGUGCCGUCCAUUCACCUAUGGCGGCUGCAAGGGCAACAAGAACAACUACCCAACCGAGCACGCGUGCAACUACCACUGCCGUCAACCAGGCGUGCACAAAGACUAUUGCUCGCUUCCUAAGCAAACCGGUGAUUGCAGUGAACAACACGCGCGUUGGCAUUAUUCGGAUGUGGACAAGAAGUGCAUGCCCUUCUACUACACAGGCUGUGGCGGCAACAAAAACAAUUUCCCCACACAGGAAUCCUGCGAGGAUCAUUGUCCCAAGGAAGUUGUCAAGGAUGUUUGCGAAAUACCGGCCGAGGUUGGCGCCUGUACCGAUUACACUUCCAUGUGGUAUUACGACACCAAAGAGGAGCGCUGUCGCCAGUUCUACUAUGGCGGAUGCGGUGGCAAUGACAACAAAUUCGCCACAGAAGAAGCUUGUUUGCAACGCUGCGAAAAGAAACCGGAACCAGAACCAGAACCUGAACCCGCACCACAGCCAGAGCCAGCACCAGCGCCACAAACCGCACCAGCAGCCAGCACGAGAGAAUCUUGCCAGCUCGACAGAGAUCAGGGUGAUUGCAGAGCUUUCGUAUUACAAUGGUACUACGAUAGAGAGGCACAGGAAUGCCGUAACUUCUACUAUGGCGGCUGUGGCGGCAAUGCGAAUCGUUUUAAUACGAAGGACGAGUGUAAUCAAUUGUGUGGUACUGAGCCACCUGCUGCCGCUCCUGCAGCGGUUGUGCCACCAGUUGAAAGCACAGAUGUAUGUAAUUUGAAUACCGAUCAAGGAGAUUGUGACUCCUAUGCGAUUAAGUGGACUUAUGACAACGUUGAGGCACGUUGUAAACAAUUCUAUUAUGGCGGCUGUGGCGGCAAUGAAAAUCGUUUCGAAACCGAAGAGGCGUGCAAUGAUCGUUGUGUAACGCCGUUAAUUGAUGUUGGUCUACGUUUUGGAGAAGAUGCACCAGCACCCGCACCAGCGCCUGCGCCUGCGCCUGUACCAGCACCCGUACCGGAAAGUACUGAUGACAAUGGUUGUACAUUGUCACCAAGUUAUGGUAGUUGCGCAGAGACCAAUGAGACACGUUGGUAUUACAAUCAUGCCGAUGGUCUGUGUGAUGAGUUCUUGUAUGGUGGUUGUGGUGGAAAUGAGAAUAACUUUAAUACCGAAGACGAGUGCCAGGAGCGAUGCUUCGACGUGUAUCCCACAUGUUCAUUGCCACCAUUGCCUGGUAGAUGUACGGAGCGGCUUAUUCGUUGGUAUUAUGACGAACGCAAUAAGCGUUGCCACGAAUUUGAGUUCACCGGUUGUCGCGGCAAUCGCAACAACUUCCUUACGGAGCGUGAGUGUCUGGUAUGGUGUGGUAAUGAGGUGCCGCAACAACCGGAACCAACAGCGCCCGAGGCUUACUCAGUGUGCGAUCAACCCGUGGAGGCUGGUGAUUGUGACAACGGCACUGUCGCUUGGUUCUACAAUAGUGACAACAUGGAAUGUACGGCCUUCACCUACUCUGGUUGUGGCGGUAAUGGCAAUCGUUUCGAGUCGAAGGAGCAGUGUAAUCGUCAAUGUGGCGAAUUCAAGGGAGUCGAUGUGUGCAAUGAGCCAGUCGAUGCUGGUCCAUGCUAUCAGUGGGAGGCACGCUUCUAUUAUAAUAAGGCGACACGUACUUGCGAACCCUUCAGCUAUGGCGGUUGCGAGGGUACUGGCAAUCGGUUCACUCAACGCUCCGAGUGCGAAUCGGUUUGCAUUUUAGGUCAAGAGCCGAAGACAUUAGCGCCCAAAGAUAUUUGCAAGCUGCCAGCACAAAUCGGAAGAUGUAAUGACACAACAGCGCAAGUGCGCCGUUACUACUAUGAUGACGAGCGCGGCAACUGCAUGCCUUUCAUUUAUUCUGGUUGCGCUGGCAAUCAAAAUAAUUUCCGCUCAUACGAAGCUUGCUAUGACUACUGUUCAACAACCGAAAUUCCAGCACCGGACGCGCAAGAAAACGAAGUGUUACCCAACGAAUGUGAGACAUUUGAGAACGAGUGUCGCGCGCAGCGUUGUCCCUUCGGCAUUCGUCGCGUACCUGUUGAAAAUAGCGAUUGCACACGUUGCAUUUGCGAGAAUCCUUGUGAGAAUUACAGUUGUGCCGAGGGUCAACAAUGCGCGGUCGAUGUGUCGAAUGAUGCUUCCAGACAAUUUGCGCCAGUCUGUCGUGAGACUAACAAGCCAGGUGAGUGUCCACGUCUCAGCCAACCGGAGGGCGACAAUUGCAGUCGUGAGUGCUAUACUGAUGCCGACUGUCGCGAAGACAACAAGUGCUGUAGUAAUGGCUGCGGUUUUGUAUGUGUUCGUCCGACGCAGCCUACGUCACGUCCACGUCCGCCGGUUACAGCCGCUCCGGCUGUCAUCUAUCCGGGUGAGUCACCGGUGGUGCUGGAGCCCAAGAAACCGCAAGAGGUCGAUGUGCAAGCGGCUGAAGGUGGAGUCGCUGUAUUGCGUUGUUUCGCUACUGGCAGUCCGCCACCGAAUAUUACUUGGUCACGCCGUAAUGUGUUGAUUGACUCCAACCACGGACGUUAUCUGUUGACCGCUACCGGAGAUCUGACAAUUGUACAAGUGCAUCAGACUGACAGUGGCUCGUAUGUUUGUGUCGCCUCUAACGGACUGGGCGAUCCAGUGAGUCGUGAGGUGCAAUUGGCUGUAACAGAGCCACAAGACGUGCCCGCCUAUAUCUUUGGCGAAAAGAACGCAACACAAAUUGUGAGCUUAAAUCGACCGGCGCAGGUGCGUUGUCCAGCCGGUGGUUAUCCAGCGCCGCACGUAAGCUGGUGGCGUGAACGUAGACGGUUGGGCUUGCUAAGCGAUCGUUUCGAAUUGACACGCGAUUAUUCGUUGAUGUUCCGCUCCAUACAGUUAACCGAUCUGGGUCCGUACACUUGCGAAGCGUGGAACGGUUUCGGACGUCCAACCUCAAUGAAAGUUGUGCUCAAAGCUGUGGGACCGGCGCGUGCCGUCACCAAUGCUGAAGCACCAUAUCUACAAUAUAUAAUCGAUCCCGCGCGUGCGCCGACCACUAAACGUCCGUCAUAUCCAUAUCGACCACAGCGUCCCGCACAACCGCCGCCACCAGUUUAUAUCGAACCACCGCGCCGACCACAACUGAUAAGCGCACAGGCUGUUCUCACACUGGAUGCUAGAAACACCUACACGCCAGGCGCCUCGAUCGCAAUGAAGUGCGCGGUACAAGGCAUACCAGCGCCGAGUGUGACUUGGACGAAGGACUCGAUACCAUUGUUGGCGAAUGAGCGCAUACAAAUCACAUCUGAGCCACACACUUUGGUGGUACACAAUGCCACGUCCGAGGAUACCGGCAUGUAUGGUUGUACGGCACGCAAUUCCAACAGCUACAACACGAGCGAAGAGAAAGUUAUCAUUGAGUCUACAAUACCGAUACAUCCCGAUUGUAUUGAUAAUCCAUAUUUCGCCAACUGUAAAUUGAUCGUUAACGGUCAUUACUGUCGUCAUCAGUACUACGCGCAGUUCUGUUGUCGUUCCUGUACGCUCGCUGGCCAAAUCGCGUACUCGCAUCCAAAUGCUUUAUAGACGAUUUGUUGCUGAGGCGUUUUAAUAAGCGCGCCAUCUAUGAAAGCUGCCGUUUUUUGAUACAGUGCGUAAGCUCAAAGCAAAAAUAAAUAAGAAAUAAAAAUUCCAAAAACCAAAAAAAAAAUUAUAUAAGUAAUAAUGAAAAUAACAGUACUAUUAUUGUAUAAUCGACGCACGAAUUUAGUAAUUAGUAUUUGCUGAUGUAAAAUAAAUUUAAAAAUAAAAAUAAAAAAUAUAUAUAAAUUACACGCCACACUCUCCAAACACAUACAUAAGUAAAUACACACACACACGCUCUUAUAAAACUCUACAAAAAAAGCUAACUCAGCUCGGCUCAGACGAGCUGCAGGUACUCAGCUACUCUACACUCUCUACACGCUCCACUCAGCAACUGCAAGCUAACAGUGCAUAAAACUCAAAUAUUUCUUUCUUUAAAAAGCAUGCACACAUACAUACACAUCUACAUGCACACACAAACAACAACAAGAUAACAAUAUGAAUAUUACAUAU